AUGUCCCUGGGCAGUGACAGUGGCACUGCCAUCGUGCACAGCCUGCUGUGCCACCGGCAGGGAGGGGACAGCGAGGCUUUCGCCCGCCGCGCCAUCCAGAGCCUGCUCAGGAAACUCAAGGAGAAGAGGGACGAGCUGGACGCGCUGGUGGCCGCUGUCACCUCCGGAGGAGCCCAGCCCGGCCAGUGUGUCACCGUCCAGCGCACCUUGGACGGGCGGCUCCAGGUGGCGGGCAGGAAGGGGUUCCCCCACGUCAUCUACGCGCGGCUCUGGCGCUGGCCCGACCUGCACAAGAACGAGCUGAAAUCCGUGAAAUUCUGCCGAUUCGCCUUCGACCUCAAGUGCGACAGCGUUUGUGUCAACCCCUACCACUACGAGCGCGUGGGGACCCCCGGUGGCGGUCUGAGCAUCCAGAGCCCAGUGCCCCCCCCGCGCCCGGUGAAGGAGGAGUUUGUCCGUGCCUGUGUGCAGAUGGAGCCGCCGGCCCGUCGGGAAUUUGGGGUCGAGACCCCCGCCCAGCUCCCCCCUGAGCCCCCCCGUGUGCCCCGGAUCUACCCCGCGCUCCCCAUGGCGCUGCACAUCGGCAAGGGGGUGCAGCUGGAGCGGCGAGGAGAGGGGGACGUGUGGAUGCGCUGCCGGAGCCAGCACGCCGUGUUCGUGCAGAGCUUUUACCUGGACAGGGAGGCGGGCAGAGCCCCCGGUGACGCCGUGCACAAGGUGUACCCCGGGGCACACGUCAAGGUGUUUGACCUGCGCCAGUGCCACCGGCAGAUGCAGCAGCAGGCGGCCACUGCCCAGGCUGCGGCCACUGCCCAGGCUGCCGCGGUGGCCGGCAGCAUCCCCGGGCCCGGCUCGGUGGGUGGCAUCGCCCCGGCCAUCGGGCUGUCGGUGGCCGCGGGGCUCGGUGUGGAUGACCUGCGGCGCCUGUGCCUCGUUAGGCUGAGCUUUGUUAAGGGCUGGGGACCCGACUACCCCCGGGCCAGCAUCACCUGCACGCCCUGCUGGAUCGAGGUGCACCUGCACCGCGCCCUGCAGCUGCUCGACCACGUCCUGCACGCCCUGCCCGACGCCCACGCCUGACUCCUGGAAGGAGCAGCCAGAAAAGAGGAAAAAAAAAAUGAAGCAAAAUGACCAA